AUGGCCCCUCCUACUCCCACCUCUAACCCUUUCACCGCCAUGAGGAACUUUGGUGGUAUGGUGUCGUCUGCUCUUUCCUUAGGCGACAGAUCUCGCCAAGUCUCCUCCCUCGGCCUCGGCGCCCUCUCUUUGGGGGAGCCGUCUGGCGAUGUCCCGCCUCCUCGCUCCGCUUCUCCUCCCGCCGGUCCUCCCGCUGGUUCUCCCUCUGCUUCUCCUCCUCCUGGUUCUCGCUCUGCUUCCCCUCCUGCCGGUUCUCGCUCUGCUUCCCCUCCUGCCGGUUCUCGCUCCGCUUCUCCUCCUGCUGGUUCCCGCUCGGCUUCUCCUCCUGCCGCCACCCCUCGCCGCAUGACGCCCGCCUUUCGUCGUGGAGAAUCCCCGUCCUCCUCCGACCAGGAGCCGCUCAGUGGUUCAGAGUCGGACGAUCAGUCAGACUCCGAAGGAAAUGGGGGUGAUGAUGAUGAUGAGGAUGAUAGAAUCGUGUCCGAGGGUGAGACCGAGUUAGAGGAACACUCGGAUGAUGAUAUGGUGGCGGUUAGUGUAGAGGACAACGAUGGUGAUAGUCCCGAGUUCGUUCGCGUUUCCCCCCCUGCCCAAAUCGUGGGCCAGAAACGACCUCGUGCCCUCUCCUCCUCUUCCUCUUCUUCUUCUUCUUCUUCCGGGGUUCUCCCCCCCGCCAACGCCAUCGCCGCCGCUGCCUCUGCUGCUGCUCGCCGCCCUGUUGCCGCUGCUCGUCCCGCCGUCGUUCCCCGUCCCGCUGUCGCCGCCGCCGCUCCUGUUGCCGCCGCCGCCGCCGCUGCUGCUCCCCCCUCUUCUCCCCGAGGGGAGCCUUCGCCCAAACGGGCGAAGAGGUCAUUGCGUGAAGAAGAGUAUUUGUGGAAGAAGUUGGAGUCUGAGCCUGGUCGUUGGGUUGCGGUUGGUGUCGAUGAGGCGUGCGAUCGUUGCAGACGUGAGAUCAUCACGUAUAAUCGUCCGAACUGGCCCUGCCUCAAGGCAGUCCGGCCACACAACAAGGCCCUCCGUUGUGCUUCAUGCACAUCUGGUCCCUGCUCCUUCUGUCCCGUCUCCUCUGCUCGGGACAUCCCCCCCCGUCCCUCCGACUCUUCGCCUUUCCCCCCUCCUCAGACUCCAGCGUCUGUCCCCCGGUCGCGGGUACCUCCUUCGUCUCUCCGGUCGGUUCGCCGUACUUUGCCGGACCUCCGCCCGUCGCCUCCGUCGCCGUCGCCCUUCGCUCCUGUGGCCGGCCCAUCACGUCUCCCGGCUGUUCCUCCUUCGUCUUCUCGCCGUCCUUCGGCCUCUGCUCCUUCGGCCUCCCGUCCUUCGGCCUCUCGUCCUUCGGCGCCACGUCCGUCCUCUCCAGUGGUAGCUUCUCCUCCGGCUCACAGCACCCGAAGUCGGCGUCCUUCUGUUCCUCCGGCCACUUCGGCGGCCCCUCCCGUCACCCCUCCCUCUGCUUCCCAGAAGACACCGAAGUCUUCUUUAAAGAAAUCAAAAGGGAAAUCUAAAGAGAAGGAGGUUGCCUUCAAUGAUGGUGAUGUGGAAGGUGAAGAUACUCAGCGUGUUGGUCCCUCUGCUCCCCGGUUGUCCCUCGUCCACCCUCGUAUCUCCCUGGACGUCCGUAUUCCUGAGGACGAAAAGGAAUUCACCACUUAUCGUUCUCUCGUCCUCGGUCUCACUACUCAGCUCGAGGCCGCCCGAAAUGAUACAUCUCUCCUGCUUGACUUCUCUUCUCGUCAAGCUAACGCUUUAAACAAUCUCACUGCGGCGUUAGUAGAUGUAGUCAACACUGGGGCUCUGGACGACGGAGCAAGGACGAGGUUAGCGGACGUCUCUCGCCGAAGCCUUACUGAGAUAGCCGAUGUUCGCCGAAGACUGUUCGACACCCCCUUCCUAGUCACUCCUAUGGCGUAUGAGCCACCACCGUCCCUUGACUGGUUAGGUCGCCGUAGUAGUUCUCGUGUCCCAGCUUCCGCCCAGACUGCUCUCGACCUCCUCAGUCUUCCCUUCGAGUGUCUACGGACCAUACGUUCUCUGUGGAGGACUCCGAGCAUGCAAGCUGCUCGAGAUGUCCAGGACUUCGGUGACUUCUUCGGGGCUAUGAAUCGGGCAUGGAAUGCUUCUCUCUCUACUGCGUUCCCGUCUGAGACUCUCGAUCUACCUUCGGUCAUCGGUAGCCUCCACACCAAUCCCGCGGGACCGAGUAGAUUCGUCCACCCUCGUAUCUCCCUGGACGUCCGUAUUCCUGAGGACGAAAAGGAAUUCACCACUUAUCGUUCUCUCGUCCUCGGUCUCACUACUCAGCUCGAGGCCGCCCGAAAUGGAUACAUCUCUCCUGCUUGA